AUGCGCAUCCACACAGCUUUCCUAUUCGGCUUCCUCAUCGGCUUCAUCAACCACGCCUUCGCAAGUCCCAGUCCCAAAGACAAACCCAAAGAUGACGGCCGCCACGUCAACACCAAGUGCGGCAAGCACGAACCGGGCUGCGGCCAUGCGGUCUCGAAACACAACGAGAUGAAGCUCAAGAUGUUCGACGGACUUGACUGCACAGGCAAACAAGUCGGCGACGACGCUCAUAUCGAGAAGUACGAAUGCUACCACUUUGUUGAGAGGCCGAGGGAGAAACUUUCGGUCAACUUUUUGUUGCCGUUGAGUAAGGUGCAGAACCACUGCGAUGUAAUCUUCUACGAUGGAAAGAAUUGUCAUGGGAAGGUUAUUGAUUUUGAGAUGGUGGCAGAUGGGUGGAGUGAUCGUACGGACUACGGAGUGAUCGUACAGAGUGAACACUUACGAUGUGCUCCGAAGAGCGCCUGA